AAAAAAAAAAAAAAUUUAAACAUGAAUAGUGGUAUGUUAUACGGUGGUGAUGAAAUUGGUGCAUUGGUUUUUGAUUUGGGCUCACAAUCGUUUCGUUUCGGUUAUGCUCAAGAAGAUACCCCAAAAGCAGAAAUACCUACUGUGGUCGGUAUUUCAGACGAAGGUACAGUGGAUACUAGUAUGCUGGAACCUGGAGUUAAACAAGGCAAUCGUAUCAAUGAAAAUACUAAACAUUACAUAGACAUUAACACGUUAUGUGUUCCUCGUAAAGGCAUGGAAGUAGUGAGUUGCAUGAAAGAUGGUAUGAUUGAUGACUGGGAUUUAUUCGAAAAAUUAAUUGACUUCUCUUAUUCAAAGUACUUGCAAACUGAUUCUAAGUAUCGACCAGUAUUAUUUUCUGAGCCUCCCUUAAAUGAUAGAUCAAAAAGAGAAAAGUUAGUAGAGUUAAUGUUUGAAAAGUACAAUCUACCAGCUACUUAUCUUAGUAAGAAUGCUGUCUUAGCUGCAUAUUCUUGUGGCCGUCCAUCUGGUAUUGUUGUGGACAGUGGAGCAACACAUACUACUGCAGUUCCUAUACAUGAUGGUUAUGUUAUAAGUAAUGCUAUUGUCAAAUCUCCUUUGGGAGGAGAUUUCAUUAGCAGGCAGUGUAGACAAUAUUUUAAAGAAAAUGAAAUUGAAGUAAUUCCUCAUUAUAUGGUUGCAUCAAAAGAGCAAGUGAAAGAAAAAGAAAAACCCAUUUGGACCAAAAAAAAGUUACUUCCUGAAGUUUCAAAUUCUUGGCACAAUUAUAUGUGUAAAUCAGUUAUUCAAGAUUUUCAGCAUUCUGUAUUACAAGUAUCUGAGUCUCCAUAUGAUGAAAGAAUAAUUUCAGCUCUUCCAACAUCUCAUUUUGAAUUCCCUAAUGGCUACAAUCAAGAAUUUGGAAAUGAAAGGUUUAAAAUACCUG